AUGUCUGAAUCCUCGAAUACAACGGCGGUAUCUACGGCGCGGGACGACAGUAGCACAUCCUCAGCAUCUUCAUCGUCAUCUAGUAGUAGCAUUGGUUCCGACGGAAAAGACGACAAGAUAAGUUCGACGCAGCCACCACUGCCGCCUGGUCAGAAGAAGGAGGAGUCGGUUAUUAUGGAAUUGGCCACAAAUUUCAAGAGCAUUCUGAGGUGGUGUGUGAGCUGGGGCGAUGAUCCGAAAGAUAGUAAAACUGAAAAGGAAGAACGAGAUGAUUUAGUGGAGGAAAGGCAGGACACAGGAUAUACCUUGAAGGUCGAAGGGAAUUCUAGGAAGCGACGGCGGCUUACUCCACCCGGCGAAGACGAUGAACUACCACGAGUCAAUGGCGGGAUACAAAAGUCAAAACUCCACGUGUCGGGAAUAACGGCGAAGGUCGAACCCUCGAGAAGCGAAAUUGCGGCGCCCAGAUAUACUUCCGAACAACCGAAUUCUGUCGCCACUACCAAAGGUGCCUCGGUACUUGAGAAUGGCACUGCAGAACCAGUGUCGUUAAUCGAAUUUACUGAAUCGAAAUGGAAGGAGCAAUCGCAAACGCCGUCGUUGGAACCCUUGAGGACUAUACAUGCGCCGUCGGGGAAAGAUCAACUUGCCAGAUCGCUGGCGAGACGGAAUAAAGCAACCCAACAACCGAAAUCGGUUAGUUCGAUUGCGUAUUACAGAGAGUCGCUAUUGGGUAGUAGUCGGAUUAGCAAGAGGUCUGCGACGCCGAUGUCGAUGAGUGUGAGGAGUCGGAGACAGACCUCAACACCACACAGAAGUGUGAUAGGAUCAACGCCUAACCGAUGGAUGGAGCCAAGCCAGUAUAGCCCGCCGUCGGCAUCUCUAAACAGUAGGUCAUGGGUCCUGUGCGUCUGUUAA